AUGGGGAUCCUCUACUCUACUUCCAUCUUUAACUUCUCAAUAUAUCUACUCAGAUUUCAUCAAUGCCGUUACGGUUACAAAAAUGUUUCUACUCUUGAGAGAGUUGUUGCUGGUUAUGCAAAAGCAGGAAUUCCUCUAGAGGUCAUGUGGACAGAUAUAGACUACAUGGAUGCUUAUAAGGAUUUCACACUAGAUCCUAUCAACUUUCCGUUGGAUAAGAUGAAAACUUUUAUUGAUAUGCUUCACCAUAAUGGUCAAAAAUAUGUAGUCAUUCUUGAUCCAGGUAUCAGCAUCAAUCAGACAUAUGCAACUUACAUUAGAGGAAUGCAAGCAGAUAUUUUCAUAAAGCGUGAAAAUAUGCCUUAUGAAGGUAGAGUUUGGCCCGGGGAAGUGUACUUCCCAGAUUUUCUAAAUCCGGCUGGAGGACUCUUCUGGAGCAAUGAAAUCAGUGAAUUCCACAAGCAUGUCUCCUUUGAUGGUCUUUGGAUUGACAUGAACGAGAUAUCAAAUUUCAAUACUUCUUCUCCUAACCCAACUUCUACUAUUGAUAACCCUCCCUAUAAGAUAAACAACUCUGGAGCUCAGUUGCCCAUCGCUUGGAAAACAGUCCCUGGAACUGCUGUGCAUUUUUUCAAUGUUACCGAAUAUAAUGUGCACAACCUCUAUGGGUUCCUAGAGUCUAGAGCAACUAGUCAGGCACUAGUCAAAUUGAAAGGUAAAAGGCCAUUUGUACUUUCCAGAUCAACUUUUGUUGGUUCAGGAAAGUUCACAGCACAUUGGACUGGAGAUAAUGCUGCCACUUGGGAUGAUUUGGCAUACACAAUCCCCACCAUUUUGAGUUUUGGACUUUUUGGAGUUCCAAUGGUUGGAGCAGAUAUAUGCGGUUUUUCUUUAAACACCACAGAAGAGCUUUGUCGUCGUUGGAUACAGCUAGGGGCCUUUUAUCCUUUUGCUAGAGAUCACACCUCCAUCGAUACCAUCUCUCAAGAACUUUACAUUUGGGAUUCAGUUGCUGCAUCAGCCAGAAAGGUGCUAGGACUCCGCUAUCAGUUACUUCCAUACUUCUACACGCUAAUGUAUGAGGCACACUUGAAAGGAACGCCUGUUGCACGACCCCUCUUUUUCUCAUUUCCGGACGAUAUUAAUACAUAUGGAAUCAGCUCACAAUAUCUUCUUGGCAAAGGUGUUAUGAUCUCACCUGUACUGAAGCAAGGAGCAGUCACAGUUGAUGCAUACUUUCCGGCAGGAAAAUGGUUUAGCCUCUUCAAUUACUCACAAUCAGUGAGUUUGACUGAGGGACAGUAUGUUACACUAGAUGCACCGCCAGAUCAUAUCAAUGUACAUGUUCGUGAAGGAAAUAUACUGGCCGUGCAAGGGAAGGCUAUGACAACUCAAGCUGCACGGAAAACCUCAUUUAAUCUUUUGGUCGUUGUUAGCAGCAAAGAGAACAGCACAGGAAAAUUGUUCCUGGAUGAUGGAGAGGAAGUGGAGAUAGCAAGUGAUAAAGGGAUGUGGACAUUGGUUCAAUUCAAUAGCUACAUAUAUAAUGGUACUGUAACUCUUGAAUCCAAGGUUGUUAAUGGAGACUUCGCUCUAAGUCAGAGGUGGAUCAUCGAUAAGGUCACAUUUUUAGGCCUUGACAAUGUAAGAGAACUAAAGGGGUAUGCAAUCACAACUAGCAAUAGACAGCAAAAGUAUCAAAUUGCUGGAAUGAGAAGUAUGAGAAGUGAACUGAAGGUCAACGGACAGCUUGCCUCAGUAGAGAUUUCAGGGAUGAAAAUGCUUGUCGGGAAGGAGUUGAAAUUAGAGCUUAAACUCAGCAUCUGAGGGAAGAUCUUCAACAGCCUAAGAUGAUAUGAUGGUAUUACUGGACAUUCAUGUGUUUGAUAAUAACAACAACAAAUAAAACAUACAUUCUCAAGAACCUAAACGAUCCAGCAAAUUUCUUGCA